GGGCCCGGUCCCGGUCCCGGUCCGCCCGGGUUUAUCUUCCCUCGCCCCUGUACCGCCGCCAAUUCCCUCCGGGCUCCCUGACGGGAGACAGUCUUCGUGCAGCUUCACCGCGGCCCCUUCCUCCAGUUCACGUUCAAUGAGUUUGAUGACGCGCACUUUGCUUGACUUUAUUUGACGUGACCGGUUGAGCCGACAGGGUCAAGUUUUUAUUUUAAUUGGGGCGGGGGAUGAAUUAACCGGUCCCCCCUUUCCCCGGAGUUUAGUUCCGCCGGUGCAGACGCCACAGCCACAGCGAGCGGGCGGGCGGAGACUGCGCUGAUCCCGGCGGCCGGGGAGCGAUGGGGAACCAGCUGGCGGGCAUCGCGCCCUCACAGAUCCUGUCGGUCGACAGCUACUUCUCCGACAUCCACGAGUUCGAGUACGACAAGAGCCUGGGCAGCACCCGCUUCUUCAAGGUGGCCCGCUCCAAGCACCGCGAGGGGCUGGUGGUGGUCAAGGUGUUCGCCGUCCAGGACCCGUCGCUGCCGCUCACGGCCUACAAGCAGGAGCUGGAGGAGCUGCGCCACAAACUGCUGGGCGCCCACAACUGCCUGCCCUUCCUCAGGGCCGGCUUCACCGAGAAAGCCGCCAUGCUCUUCCGCCAGUACGUCCGCGACAACCUGUACGACCGCAUCAGCACCCGGCCCUUCCUCAACAACAUGGAGAAGAAGUGGAUCGCCUUCCAGCUCCUGAGCGCCGUGGAACAAGCCCACCGGGCCGGAGUCCGCCACGGAGACAUCAAGACGGAGAACGUGAUGGUCACCAGCUGGAACUGGGUGCUGCUCACCGACUUUGCCAGCUUCAAGCCCACCUACCUGCCCGAGGACAACCCGGCAGACUUCAAUUACUUCUUCGACACCUCCCGGAGGAGGACCUGUUACAUCGCGCCCGAGCGGUUUGUGGACGGGACCAUGUUCAGCACCGAGCUGGAAUCGGCGAGGGAUUCAACUACCCCACUGGUGGAUCUGACUCCCAACAGCCAGAGGAUGAGGGGAGAACUCAAACCGGCCAUGGACGUUUUCUCUGCAGGGUGUGUAAUUGCAGAGCUAUUCACAGAAGGAGUACCAAUGUUUGAUCUAUCCCAAUUGCUGGCUUACAGAAAUGGCCAUUUUGCCCAUGAACAGGUGCUGAAUAAGAUUGAGGAUAUUACCAUAAGGGGUCUGGUUGUUCAGAUGAUACAGCGUGACCCUGAAAAACGUUUAACAGCUGAAGAACAUCUUAAACAACAUAGGGGCAGAACUUUCCCAGAGUUGUUUUACAGUUUUCUGCAACCUUAUAUGGCACAAUUUGCAAAAGAGACUUUCCAAUCUGCUGAUGAACGUAUCUUGGUAAUAAGGAAGGACUUAGAAAAUAUUCUACAAAAUGUUUGUGGAGAAGACCAGACGGAUAAAAACAAUGGAGAAACAAAAGAGUAUGGUUUGAUUAUUUUAGUGUCUGUUAUCACCUCUUGCUUGCAGACACUCCAAUUCUGUGAUUCUAAAUUAGCUGCUUUGGAACUAAUUCUCCACUUAGCAACCAGACUAAGUGGCGAGAUACUACUUGAUAGGAUAACACCUUACCUCUUACAUUUUGCCAAUGAUUCCGUACCAAGGGUCCGAGCUGAAGCAGUCAGAACACUGACAAAAGUCCUAGCCCUUGUCAAAGAGGUGCCACGUAAUGAUGUCAAUAUUUACCCCGAGUACAUCUUGCCAGGUAUUGCUCACUUGGCUCAGGAUGAAGCAACUCUUGUCAGAUUAGCAUAUGCAGAAAACAUAGCACUUUUGGCUGAGACAGCUCUCCGAUUUUUAGAAAUAGUCCAGUUAAAUAAUUUAAAUGUGGAAAGUGAGCUAAAUGGAGAGGAAACAGAAGAAAUACUACAUCCCAAUGAAAACUAUGACUCUGAAUUACAAGCUCUCCAUGAGAUGGUUCAGCAAAAGGUGGUGACGCUGUUGAGUGACCCAGAAAAUAUUGUGAAGCAGACCUUAAUGGAGAAUGGGAUAACUCGACUUUGUGUGUUCUUUGGCCGCCAAAAGGCAAAUGAUGUUCUCUUGUCGCACAUGAUCACCUUCUUGAAUGAUAAGAAUGAUUGGCAUCUUCGAGGUGCCUUCUUUGAUAGUAUUGUUGGUGUGGCCGCUUAUGUUGGAUGGCAGAGCUCAUCAAUCCUCAAGCCCCUUCUUCAACAAGGACUCAGUGAUGCUGAGGAGUUUGUGAUCUAUAAAGCCCUCAAUGCGAUGACAUGCAUGUGUCAGUUGGGACUUCUGCAAAAACCUCACAUCUAUGAGUUUGCCAACGAUAUUGCACCGUUUUUGUGCCACCCAAAUCUCUGGAUCCGUUAUGGAGCUGUGGGAUUCAUAACGGUGGUUGCACAGCAUCUGAAUAUUGCUGACGUUUAUUGCAAACUGAUGCCAUUCCUCAAUCCAUUCAUCUCCCAACCAAUAAUACAGAUAGACAAGGAAAUUGUGUUGCUGAGCGUCCUCAAAGAGCCAGUCAACCGUUCCAUAUUUGACUAUGUAUUGCGAUCGAAGGACAUAAUGAAUCUCUACAGGCAUUUGUACUUGCGCCAGAAAAUACGAAAUGGACUUCUGCUGGAUUGCCCAAUCCCCGAGGACCCAAUUAUUGCCCAGUUGUUAAAGAAAUUGCUUUCCCAGGGCAUGAAUGAAGCAGAUGAAGACAAACUACUCGCUCUGAAGGAUUUCAUGCUGAAGUCAAACAAGGCCAAAGCCAAUGUGGUGGACCAAAGCCACAUGAAUGACAGCGCUCAAAGUGGCGUGAUUGAUCUGGCUGCAUUAGGAAUCCCUCGAAGGCACAUUGAUCUUGUGAAGACAAAGCAAGAAAAUGAUGAUAAACGAGCACGAAGACAUGUUAAACAAGACUCUAGUUUAAAUGAAGAAUGGAAGAGCAUGUUUGGCUCUCUUGAACAUUCAAAUAUUGUUCAGCUGAAGGUCCUUGCAGCCCCUGGAGACCAGGAAAAUGCCACUGGGAAAAACCUUAGAUCGGAGUCUUCACCUGGAAUGAUGACCGUAACCAACUCAGCUUUGCAACAGGUAGCUGAAGGAACUGUGGUCCCAACAAGGAAACCAGCUGCCUCCUUGCCAGUUCUGCAGAGUGGAGCUGUUCCAUUGUUGCCCUCCACAUACCAGAGACGUAUUACUACGUGUGUCACUGAGCUCCAACACCUGGUCCAGCAGAAGCGAGAGCAGUGCAAUGCUGAGCGAAUGGCAAAGCAACUAAUGGAAAGUGCUGAAUGGGAGAGCAAAUCUCCACCACCAGGCUGGCAUCCCAAAGGGCUUUUGGUUGCACACCUUCAUGAACAUAAAUCAGCAGUGAAUAGAAUCCGAGUGUCUGAUGAACAUUCAAUUUUUGCCACUUGCUCAAAUGAUGGGACUGUGAAGAUUUGGGAUAGUCAGAAGAUGGAAGGAAAGACUACAACCACAAGAUCAAUUUUGACUUAUUCUCGAAUAGGAGGAAAAAUCAAAACUUUGGCAUUCUGUCAGGGCUCCCAUUAUUUGGCAGUAGCUUCUGACAAUGGUACAGUCCAGCUCCUGGGAAUUGAAGCGAGCAAACCUCCAAAAUCUCCAAAAAUACAUCCCCUCCAGAGCAGAAAGGAAGACCAUUGCAUCUGUAAUGUGAUUUUGGACCAGAAAGUAGAUGGGUGUGUGGUGGAUAUUCACCACUUUAAUGCAGGUGCUCAGUCUGUUUUGGCAUAUGCAACUGUAAAUGGUUCUUUAGUUGGCUGGGACCUGAGGUCAUCAACAAAUGCCUGGACAUUAAAGCAUGAUUUGAGACUUGGACUCAUAACCUCAUUUGCUGUAGAUAUACAUCAAUGCUGGCUCUGUAUAGGAACAAGUAGUGGAACUAUGGCUUGUUGGGACAUGAGAUUUCAGCUGCCCAUUUCAAGUCAUUGUCACCCAGCCAGAGCUCGCAUUCGACAGCUGCUAAUGCAUCCUCUCUGCCAGUCAUGGGUCAUCGCAGCCGUGCAGGGAAAUAAUGAAGUUUCAAUGUGGGACAUGGAAACUGGAGACCGGCGAUUCACUCUAUGGGCCAGCAGUGCACCACCUCUCUCAGAAAUGCAGCCUUCAGCACAUAGUGUUCAUGGAAUCUACUGCAGUCCAGCAGAUGGGAAUCCUCUAUUGCUAACAGCUGGAUCAGACAUGAGAAUAAGGUUCUGGGAUUUGGCAUAUCCAGAGCGAUCAUACAUUGUAGCAGGAGGUGCAAAUGAUGCUCUGCAUUGCCCAUCUGUCUCUUACUACAGAAAGAUAAUUGAAGGAACUGAGGUUGUCCAGGAAAUUCACAGCAAGCAGAAAGUUGGAUCAUCAGAUGAUGUGCCACGCAGAGGUCCAGAAUCCCUCCCAGUUGGACACCACGAUAUUAUCACAGAUCUUGCGGCUUUCCAAACCACUCAGGGUUUUAUCGUAACUGCUUCACGAGAUGGAAUUGUCAAAGUUUGGAAGUAGAAGUGCAGAUGUAUUUCAGUUGGUUUUCAUCAAUAUAAUGUUAAAGAAACAACUGCAUUAAUACAUUUGUUUACAGUAUGGAGCAGAGAAAAUUAUGUAGAUAAUUGCCUCAUGAAAAUGAAAGUCUAAUAUGUGUAACGUUCUUAUUUUUAUGGGAAAGAGUAUGUUCACAUUUUCAAAUUAUUUAACCUUUACACCCUAAAUGAUGUUCGAACUGCAGAAAGGAGUUUGCACAUAUUACUUCAUAAUCCAGAAUAUGACUAACAGCAGCUUAUAAGCUUUGAAUGUAUUCUCGCCAUUCUGUGUGUGUGUAAAGAAUUUGUUCUCAGUGUUUGAACUUUGUUAAUACAAGAAUAUGUAUAAUGUUUUUUAAAGUCAGAUUUGCGUCAAUUCCAAAUAAUUUCAUCGUGAAUUAUUCAAGAGCACUUUGGAAUUUAAAAGAGCAUAUAACUUUAAGUAAAUUAUUAAAACAUUUUUGGGCACCUUCAGAUGGAUAAUAUGCCUGACGUAAGUUUCUUCAUAUGUUAGUUUGGUUCUGUGUGGAGACCACUUGGAAACAGGGUAUGACCAGAAUCAUUAAAAGUAAACUCUUGAAUGGUUGCAGCAUUUUGCGUUCCAGUUUUUUUUUGUUAAUAAGUUGUUGACCACAGCUAUAGGCUGAAUUUCGCAAUGCAUUUAGACUGAAGUUCCAGGAUAUUGACCAUCAGGGAUUUUCUAGUGAUUUUUAUUAAGUUAAACUUAGAUGUGUAAUGAGUCCUUAGGUGAGAUAAACUUUGGGCCUAUGAAGGUAGUCUAGAAUAAUUAAAUAUUUAAUAAUGUGCACAGGGUGCUGCAGUGGAUUAAGUACAAAAUGAUUAAGCAGCCAUCAAAUGAUGUAAAGAAAAUAAACUCAAAAAACCUUGGAUGCAAUUUAGAUUUUCAAAGUUUAUGUUAGAAAUGUUCUUAGUUUGUAUGAGGAUAAUUGACAUCAAUUAAAAAAAAAACUAUAACAAAGACAAAAGUUAUCAUUGCCAAAACAAACUUUUUUCUUUUUAUAUUUGGACACUUUUUGGCAGGGUUAUCUCGGUUUUGACAAAUGUAAAAACACUGCCACAUAUUUUCAAGUCAAAAAAGUACAUGAGCAUGUAGCUGUCAGUGAGCAAAAUCGCUUUAAUAUUUAAGCUGCUCAGUAUAGUAAAGUAUCUGGAUUUUUUAGGAUUAGUUGGUAUGUUUGGAUAUCGCCUUAUUCGGUAAAGAUAUAGAAAUAUUGCAAACUGAAAAUAUGUUGCAAAAGGAAAAUUUCCUUUUGAUUUAAAUUAAGCUUUCAGUUUCUGGAAACCUAGUAUAGAAGUAAAACAAUUUUGGCAGCCUGCUGGCGUGAGGUCAUAUUUUGUCAAGCAGGUAAAAUAUGCAAAAACUUAGCUAUUUAUAAUCUAAAUUUUGCUAUUCUCAAAUGUAAUCGUGCUGCUGAAGUUCUUGAAAGUAUUUAUGCCAUUGGAGACUGCUUCUAUGUUGCAAAUAUGAUGAAGCUGUAUAGUGCCCUGAUGCCCCUCUUUGUGCUCCCCUCCAGAAACCUGAUCCAUUAUAACACUUUUUGCCUGGGGAAGGAAACUUUAUCAUUAAAAUAAAAAGUUAAAAUUACAGAACCUUUCAAUUAGCACAUUUAUUCCUGAGUGCUAAUUGAGGUAGUGUAAUCACACAUUAGAAAAUUGUAGCAGUAUCAAUGAAGCAGAAGGUGUGGCCCAGUGGCACAGCGGUAGAGAUGCUGCCUUACAGACCCAGGUUUGAUCCUGACUACAGGUGCUGUCUGUGAGGAGUUUGUACAUUCUCCCUGUGACCACGUAGUUUUUCUCCGGGUGCUCCUGUUUCUAUCCACACACCAAAACGUACAGGUUUGUAGCUUAAUUGGCUUUGGUGAAAUUGUAAAUUGUCCUUGGUGUGAAAGAUAGGAUUAGUGUAUGGGGUGAUCGCUGGUCGGUGUGGACUCGGUGGGCCGAAGGGCCUGUUUCCUUACUGUGUCUCUAAAGUUUAACGUCUAAUUGCUGAAGAAUAAGAUGUCAAGAGCCACUGAACCUCCGCCAGGUGUAAGGCUAGGCAUGUUAAACAAAUGGAGGCCAGUUCGUUGCACAAUGUAUUAUAAUGAAUAAAAGCAUGUUGAUAAAAAUAACUUAUUUUUUGACAAUUAUUUCAAUUUAAAUGUUGUGCUAAUAUAAAUCUGCAUUAAAGUGUGCACUAAUACAGCUAUUAACUGGAAACUUUUUUUGUUUAUUGUGGAAAUAAUAACAUAAGAAUAAAAGUUUCACUAACAUAA